AUGGCCGGCGACAGGAAGAUCAAAGAAGCUGUAGACAGGAUCAGCAACUUACCAGAUGAGAUCCUCCAACAACACAUACUCUGCUAUAUUCCGACCAAAGUAUCCAUCAGCACAUCCAUCUUGUCAAGACGAUGGAGGCAUGUAUGGUGCAAUAUACCUUCUAUCUCCUUAGAUGUGGAUACACUGACUGCCGCAUCUGUAAACGAAACCCUAAAUCGCUACACAGCUCUCAAGACGAAGAGUUUUCACCUCAAAACCACCAGGAGGAAGAACAUUCCCCACGUUGACAGGUGGAUCAGGUGCGCUAUGUCACACAACGUUGAGAAUCUUUCCCUGAAUUUCUGGAGUCCUGGUGCUAAUAAGGCGUAUACGCUCCCUGAUUUCUUCUACAACAGUUGUCCGGUUCUUGAAAACUUAACGUUGUAUCACUGCGAUGAACUAAAGGUUCUUGAUCUUACCAAAUCAAAACGUCUGAGAACUUUACAAAUAAGACGUAACGUGUGGGUGCCGGGGCCAACGCAGAUUGUGGCACCACACAUCCAUUGUCUAAGAUUGCUAAACUCUCAAUUAUCAUGCACUUUUGUUGAUGUCGCUUCUUUAACCGAAGCUAAACUGGACAUUUGUUAUGUUUCAAUGUUCUUUAACUUAAAGGCUGAUUUUCUCCAAGUCAUGGUGCUAAAGAUGCUAGAAAAGUUGCAGAACGCAGAGAAGCUUACUUUUGGGGGAAACUUUAUUCAGAUUUUAUCUCUUGCUGAGAUUCGUGGUGUUUCUUUCCCCAUGUUCAAGGUCAAAGCAUUGACUCUUAACACAGUGAUAUGUCAGUAUGUUAUUCCUGGCAUAGAAAGACUCUUACAAAACUCACCUGAUUUACAGAAGCUGACAUUACGUGGAAGGACUUGCAACUCCAUACCGGGGAAUCAUCUUGACAAAUACUUGAAUUCACAAUCCUUGAAUCCGGAUCAAUGCUGGAGAUCAAAAGAUGGUUUCUCUUGGAAUAAUUCUUGUUGGGAUGUACAACCAAAGCAUGUCACUUCAUUCGUGGAACUUGUGCUUAAAAAUACAAAGAAAUUAGACAAGAUGGUCGUACUGUUGUACAAAGGUUUCCUUAAGUUUGAAAUUGAAGACGUGGUGGUUCCAAAACAUUCUCACAUCACCAUUGUGCUCUCACCCACCAACAAGCCGAUGACAUCAGAGGAUUGGUUUGAAUCAUAG